UUGGAAGCUUGUUAUAAAAGGAAGUGAAGGAGAAGAAAGCAAAAACAGAGUUGGCACUUUCUCUCUUCUCUCUUUCCUCACCGGACACAGAGCUAUGCCUCUAGACGGUGGCGUUUCUUGCCUUCGUAGGUCAGAGAUGAUCGGAAUAGGAAUAGGAGAACUCGAAUCUCCGCCCCUGGAUUCUGACCAAGUUCACGUUCUCGCCGUUGACGACAGCCUCGUCGAUCGUAUCGUCAUCGAAAGAUUGCUUCGUAUUACUUCUUGCAAAGUCACGGCGGUUGAUAGCGGAUGGCGUGCUCUGGAGUUCUUAGGGCUGGACGAUGAUAAAUCCUCCGUAGAAUUCGAUAGAUUGAAGGUGGAUUUGAUCAUAACUGAUUACUGUAUGCCUGGAAUGACGGGAUACGAGCUUCUCAAGAAGAUUAAGGAGUCGACUAGUUUCCGAGAAGUUCCGGUUGUGAUUAUGUCGUCGGAGAACGUUCUCACUCGAAUCGACAGAUGCCUUGAAGAAGGUGCGGAGGAUUUCUUGUUGAAGCCUGUGAAACUCGCCGACGUGAAACGCCUGAGGACUUACUUAACGAGAGACGUUAAAGUCUCCGACAGAAACAAACCGAAGGUUCCUGAAGAUCUCAGCCGUUUCUCUUCUUUGGCUAUGGUUACUCCUCCUCCUCCUCCGCCGCCAUCCAUUACAUCGGUAAAAUCUUCGUCUUUGGAGGAAAUCGUGUCAUCUUCGCCUCCGCCGUCGGAGUCUUCAAUUUCGCCGGUGGAUUCGCCGAUAAGGCGGAUGGAGAUGAGGAGUCCCGGAUUAGACUAGAGAGAGAUCCGUUAACUUUUCAACUUUUGACGGGUUUAUUGACUGCACGUUGACUUCACGCCGUCAGUUUAUAGAUCUCUCUUUUAUAUUGAUCGAUGUGGGGUCUCUUUACUCUUGUACGAAAACUUUUUUAUUUUCUUGUAUUUAACUACAUAUGUUUCUUUAAUCAAAUAAGAAUUCAAUUAUCAAAUAAGA